AUGAACGUGUUACUUGUUGGUUUUAUUUUUAUUGUAGAAAUUUUAUCGGUUUUUCAAUGCGCAAAUAUAUUGUUUUUUGCAGGAGCGCCAAGUAAAAGUCACCAGGUGAUGUUUCAACCGGUUUUUAAGGAGUUGUCACUUCGAGGUCAUAAUGUUACUGCCAUAGUGUGUAGUCCAUUGAAAGACCCGAAGCUAACAAAUUUAACCGAAAUCGAUUUGGGAGGGCUAUAUGAAAUAGUAUAUAAAGAGGGUAACGAAGUAAGAGAAGCAAUGAAAAAAUAUAUUCAACUAAAACCAGAUUUACUAACAGUCUUUUCAAAAGACAUGGUGUUAAAAAAUAUAUAUCAUCAAUUUGGAAAAUACAUACUGGACAUGCCACAAAUGCAAACUUUUUUGAAAGAAGAUCAUAAGUUUGAUGUUGUGAUAGUUGAAUGGCUUUACCCAACAUUUGCUGCCCUAGCUGCCAAAUAUGAUGCUCCAUUAAUUGGUAUAACAUCCUUGGGGGCGCCUAUAUUAGCAUUGGAUACUGUAGGGAACCCAUCGCACCCUGUACUUGCCCCCGAUCAGGAUUUACCAAUGCCAAGGGAUUUGACUUUUAAAGAAAGAUUGAUGUCAGGUUUAUAUGCCGUGUAUGUUAGAGUAUAUUACCACUUAGUUGUUUUACCUAGAGAGGAUGCUCUCGCAAGGAAACAUUUCGGUAAAGAUAUUCCAUAUCUUGGAGACAUCGAAAAAAAUAUUAGCCUUCUUUUGUUAAACAGAAACCUGGUAUUCCACAAGGUGAUGCCUGUGGUGCCUGCUAUAAUUGAGUUAGGGUAUAUGAAUACAAAUAAAUCGGUCGGAAAAAUGGAUCCCGAAUUACAAGAUUUUAUGGAUAAAUCAAGGAAUGGAGUAGUUUAUUUCAGCUUGGGUUCUAAUGUCCAAGUAUUGGAAUUGCCAAAAGAUAAAUUAAAUGCUAUUCUCAACACUUUCAAAAACAUCAAGUAUGACGUUGUAUUUAAAAUUAAUAAGGAUACUUUAGAUAAUAAGCCAAAAAAUGUUUUAACCCGGAAGUGGGUUCCUCAAGGCGCCAUAUUAAAGCACAAAAAUACCAAACUUUUUAUAACACAAGGAGGAUUACAGUCAUGUGAUGAAACUAUAAUAAAUCAAGUACCUGUCAUAGCCAUACCGUUCAUUUUUGACCAAAUUACAAAUGCUGAUAGACUAGCUAAAUAUGGUAUGGGUAAAUACCUGGACUAUGAAGACAUAACAGAAGAAAUAUUGACCGAAUAUAUAAAUGAAGUAAUUACAAAGCCAAGUUACAAAAAAAAUGCAAUAAUUUUAUCAAAACUCUACACUGACCAACCAACUGACGCUUUGGAGAAGGCCAUCUGGUGGAUAGAAUACGUAAUAAGGCAUAAAGGAGCUUCACACUUAAGGUACCCAUCAUCAGAUCUGCCCUUGUAUCAAUAUCUCAUGUUGGACGUAUUGUUUCUCGUUUUUCUAGCUCUAUCUAUUUUAAUUUUCAUUUUAAUAAUAAUUGUUAAAUUAUGUAUCUGUUUAAGUAGAAAAAUGUUUGAAACAAAGACUAAAAAAGAAUAA